AUGGAUUCCAAAGAAACCCAAAUCCAAUCCUCCCUUAGCCAAGAAGAUGAAGCAUGUCUCAAGGCCAUGCUCUUAUGCAGCUCUCAUGUCCUUCAUCUUGUCCUAAAUGCAGCCAUAGAGCUCGAUCUGUUCGGCAUCAUGGCUGGAGCUGGCCCUGGCCCUGAGGCAAAAAUGUCUCCAUCCGAUAUUGCUUCCCUGCUUCCCAUCGAAACCCCGAAUGGUCCUUCUAUGCUCGACCGGAUGUUGCGUCUCUUCGCUUCAUACUCCCUCCUCACUUGCUCCACAUCCACUUCCCAAGAUGGUAAGGUUGAGAGGCUCUACGGCCUCACACCUACCGCGAAGUUCUUCAUUCGCGGUCGGGACAAAAACGAGUUAGCUUCCCUUUAUCGGCUGCAUUGCCACCCAACUACCCUGGAAGUAUGGUUUCAUAUGAAGGACGUGAUUCUUGAAGGUGGUAGUACUUUUGAGAAAGCCCACGGAAUGUCUAUAUUCAAGUAUAUGGAUUCUAAUGAAUCAUUCAGAAACAUUUUUCACAGCGCAAUGGUUGCUCGUUCGACCAUAAUCAUGGAAAAGGUAUUGGAGAUCUAUAAUGGUUUUCAGGGACUAACAUCACUUGUUGACGUUGGUGGAGGAACUGGCCAUUGUCUCCAUAUGAUCAUCUCCAAGUACCCUUCCAUUUUGGCUACUAACUUGGAACUCCCUCAUGCCAUACAAAACGCCCCACCUUAUCCUGGCAUAAAGCAUGUUGCAGGAGAUAUGUUUGAAAGCAUUCCAAAUUCUGAUGCGAUUAUGAUAAAGGAUGUACUUCACAACUGGGAGGAUGUAGAUUGCAUCAAACUUCUUAGGAAUUGCCAUGAAGCCCUACCACAAGAGAAUGGAAAAGUCAUAAUCAUCGACAUAAUAAUGCCGGAAACACCUGAUUCAAGUAUGGCGUCCAAGUAUGCCUCCGAAUUAGACAACAUCAUGUUGACACAACCUGGAGGGAGGGAAAGGAGCAGAAGAGAAUUGCAGGCCUUGUGCGAGGAAUCUGGAUUUUCAAGAUUCCGAAUUGCGUGUUUUGCCUUGUCUGUAUGGGCUGUUGUCGAGUUCUACAAGUGA